AUGAGGGAGAAAGGCAUUUUGAUAUUGGUUUUAACCAUAUUUUUAGUUGGGCGCAUAUUAGGUAGGCAAUUGGCAGAGAGUGAUGCACUAACAAAUGGAGUGAAAACACUGUCUAGUCAAAAGAAUGGUGAUGUACCAUUAAUUAGAGGACCUGGACUAGGAUAUGGUGGUCUUCCUGGUAUACCUUUACUCGAAGGAGUACCUGGCAACAUUCCAGGUAUACCUUCAAUAGGAGGAGUACCUGACAACAUUCUUGGGAUACCUUCAAUAGGAGGAGUACCUGGCAGCAUUCCGGGCAUACCUUCAAUAGGAGGAGUACUUGGUAGCAUUCCGAGCACACCUUCAACAGGAGGAGUACCUGGCACCAUUCCGGGCAUACCUUCAAUAGGAGGAUUACCUAGCACCAUUCCGGGCAUACCUUCAAUAAGAGGAUUACCUGGCAGCAUUCCGGGCAUACCUUCAAUAGGAGGAGUACCUGGAAGCAUUCCGGGUGUACCUUCAAUAGGAGGAGUACCAGGUCAAGGACGGGGUGAUGUCCCCAUUGGACCUUCGGUAGGUGGAGACACUGGACCUGCAUAUGGUGGUAUUCCUUAUAUACCUUUAACUGGGAUACCUGGACUUGGAUAUGGUGGUCUUCCAGGAAUACCUUUCUUAGGAGGACCUGGCAAUAUUCCAGGUAUACCUUUGAUAGGAGGUGUACCUGGAAUUGUUCCUGGAAUAAUACCUAUAGGAGGAGGUGGAGAAGUGGGAGGAGGAAUAGUAGGAGGACUAGGAGGAGGAAGUGGGGGAGGAAUAGGAGGAGGUAUUGGAGGUGGUGUUGGAAAUGGAAUAAACGGAUUGCCAGGAGGCAACGCUGGUGGUGGUGGUGGUGGAGGAUCUGGAAUUGGUGGACAAGGCAUAGGCGGAGGAUUUGAAGGAGGUGGUGGUUCUUCUCUAAAACAAUAA